AUGGGUGGUGCAUCCCGCGAAGGUGGCAAGGCCAAGCCCCUCAAGGCCGCGAAGAAGCAGGCAAAGGACCUCGACGAGGACGACCUCGCCUACCUCGAGAAGAAGCGCGCCGAGGAGAAGGCCCGCAAGGAGCUCGCUGCCAAGGCCGGCGGCAAGGGACCUCUCAACACGGGCAACCAGGGCAUCAAGAAGUCGGGCAAGAAAUAA